UUGCUUUAUUUAUUAAUUCACAAAAUUUAAAUAAAAACAUUUGCAAUAGCAAAGAAACUUGUAGUGAAUGUAUUCAAGAUGGGUGCAUUUGGUGUUCGAAAAUUGAAGAUUCAAAACCAGAAAGUACAUCAUUUACUAGAUGCAUUGAAGAAUCAACAAGAUAUUCUGAAUGGUGUCCAGAUAAUUUUGUAACAAUUCCAAAAUCUAAUUUAACAAUAUUAAAAGAUUCUGAUCUUAAUUCAGAUACAAAUAAAAACGAUUCAAUCGUACAAAUUCGACCACAAAGAAUUCAUUUAAAGUUACGCCUUCAUGAAGAGCAAAUAAUAAAUUUUCAAUAUUCUCAAGCUAUUGAUUAUCCAGUGGAUUUGUAUUAUUUAAUGGAUGUAUCACUCUCAAUGGAAAAAGUAAAAGAUACUGUAUCAAAAUUAGGAGGUAAAUUAGCAAUUGCUAUGCAAAAUUUGACCAGCAAUUUUCGAUUAGGGUUCGGCACUUUUAUUGAUAAAGUUGUUCUGCCAUUUACCGAUCGUGACGCUGUAAAUACUGCAAAAUAUGCGUCACCGUAUAGUUUUCUAAACAAUUUACCAUUAAAUGAAAGUGCAAAACUGUUCACGGAAAAAGUAAAAACAGCGCAGUUAUCAUCGAAUGUGGAUCACCCUGAAGGUGGUUUUGAUGCCAUAUUACAAUCAAUUGUAUGCGAAGAACAAAUUGGUUGGCGAUUAAAUGCUACAAGAUUGCUAAUAUUUUCCACGGAUGCAUCAUUUCAUCAUGCUGGUGAUGGUAAACUUGUAGGUGUUAUUGAGCCCCACGAUGGUAAAUGCUAUCUAGAAAAUGGUUACUACACGCAAUCAUUAAAAUUUGACUACCCAUCAGUAGCGUUGUUAAACUAUUAUGUGAAAAAACACAAUAUUGACUUAAUAUUUGCUGUUACAGAGAAAGUUAAAAAUAUUUAUCAACAGUUAUUGGAUCGUAUUGACGGAUCUCAACUGGCAAUUUUAUCAAGUGAUACUGAUGAAGUAAAAAAAUUAGUUAUGGAUAAAUAUAAAAAACUGAAACAAUCUGUGCUAAUAACAGAUAAUGCAACAUCCGAUAUUUACAUUGAAUAUUUUUCAUCAUGCACUGAACGAGCAGAAGAAAAAAAAACAAAAGAAUGUCAUGAUAUUCGAUACAAUAAACCAGUAAAUUUUAAAGCUAUUAUAAAAGCAACAAGUUGUGGAAAGAAAAAUCAUGUAAUUGAGAUAAAACCACGAUCAUUGAGUGAGAGUUUAAUUGUGGAACUUGAAUUACAAUGCGAAUGUGAUUGUAAACAACCUGAACACGAGGAAUAUGAAGAGAAUUCCAAACAUUGUUCAUUAAAUGGUACUUUAAGUUGUGGAGUUUGUAAUUGUAACUCAGGACGAUUUGGGAAAUUUUGCGAGUGUAAUGAAAAUGAAGGUGCAAUUACUGUUGAUAGUUGCAAAAUGCAAAAUACAACCGACGAAUUGCCAUGUUUGGGACGUGGUAAUUGUAUUUGUGGUAAAUGUACAUGCGACAAGGAAUAUUCUGGUGCUUAUUGUCAAUGUGAUAAUUUUUCAUGUAAAAGAUAUAAUAAUAAAAUAUGUUCUGGAAAUGGUAUAUGUGAUUGCAAUCAAUGUAAAUGUAAUCCUGGAUUUAGUGGAUCAGCAUGUGAAUGUGACACCAGGGAAGAAAGUUGUAUGGCAACUGGUUCACAAGAUAUCUGUUCUGGUAAAGGAACAUGUGAUUGUGGCGAAUGUAAAUGCCAAACACAUCCAAUACGUUACUGGGGACGAUUUUGUCAAACGUGUUCAAAUUGUCCAGGGCAACGUUGUUCUGAGUUUGUGGAUUGUGUUGAAUGUCAAGCGUUUUCCAAUAUGGGAAAAAAUACAACGAGUGAUUGUAGCAUUUAUUGUGCAAAUAUUACUGUGAAAAGUGUUGAUAAAGUUAAGAAAUAUACUGAAAAUGAGCAAGUAAUCGAAUCUGUUGACGAUAAUUUUAAGUUGUGUGAACACAUAAAUGAUGAUGAAUGUACCAUAUUAUUUAAGUACACGUAUGAUUCGAAACAACAAAUGACGUCGAUUGAAGUCCAAAAGCAUAAAAUAUGCCCCCGUAAAAUUGAUUUUUUGCCAAUAAUUUUAUUGGUGAGUGGAACUAUAUUAAUAGGUGGAAUGAUUAUAUUAGUUAUUUGGAAAAUUGUUACCGAAGUACAUGAUAGGCAUGAAUAUACUCGGUUUGAGAAAGAACGACAAUCUUCAAAAUGGAAUAAUGAUGAAAAUCCACUUUAUAAAGGAGCGACAACAACCGUAAAUAAUCCAAUGUUUAAUAAACGAAUUAGUGUUAAUUGUUAAAUGUAGUUUGUACAACUAGUGUUUCAAAUUCAAAGUUUGUUUUUUCUUAUGAGAUAUGUAUACGCAUGAGCUGACGCUUAUACUUCCUUAAAAUAAGUGCACGUGUAAUUACAACGCAGUAUAAGCGAGCGCGAAUGCAUUAUUCUAUAGUUCACAAGAUAAGAAAGAUUGAGCUAUGAAAUUUAUACAAGAUUUACAUAGAAUAAUUCUUUUUAAUACCUCGUCUAAUACCUAAAUUUGUAAUACCUAAAAAUUACUCGUCAAUCAAUGUGAUUUUUCAAUGAAGAAAAUUUUAAUAGCUAAUUAAUAUAUGCAUUCAAAUCGUAAAGGUAACACCAUAGAGCUGCAAAGUCGUCGGACAAACAUUUGAUAGCAGUAUAGAGAGGCAGAUAAAGUAGGCGCAUAUAGCUGUAGAAAAACAGAUAAAGUAGGCAAGUCGUAGCUAUUUUCACCUCUCUUAUAUGUCUAGAGUUUAUGUGACCUUCUGCCUCUCUCACAGCGGUCAUUAAUUCGCACUGCUCUAUGAUAUCAUCUCUAUGAUUCAAUUGUACGUACAAAAUUAAUACAUAGCGACUUAUCUUUUUGUUUUCUAAGUGGUUUGUAAAACAGCAGGUUACAUGUACUACUGCAAAGUUAUUUUACCGCACGCGGGUUCAAAGUAUUUUCCCACACAGAUAGGGAAACAAAGAAAAUUCAAAUUAUAUUCGUAAAUUAUACUAAAAAGUCAUUGAUCACUUUGCUGAGUAUAUUUUUUGUUCGAAUAUUAUAGUUUAGGUAACGGUAUUACAAAAAAUAAUUCUCUAAAAGGUCAUAAAAUGUUAA